AGAGGCCACCCUGGCCCCUUCCAGAAAGGGGUGGACCCUGGGAUACUCCCCUCCCAGGGUGUCUGGUGGCCGGCCUAUGCCUAUCCCUGCUGUCCCCGGGGUGAGCCCGGGGGUCAGGAGCUCCCGAAGGGCCAGCUGGGCAUAUUCUGGGACUGGCCAUCAGCCCCCAUUUCUGCUGCAGACCUGGUCAGAGCCGGUGUUCCCUCCAUGGGGCCUGAAGACAGUGCCAAGUGCCUGCGCCAUGGACCACAGCUGAGCCGCUGGGUAGCCGGUGACCGUCCCGCGCAGGAGCGCUGUGGACCCCGCUCUCUGGGCAGCCCUGCCCUAGGCCUGGACACUUGCAGAGCCUGGGACCAUGUGGAUGGGCAGAUCCUGGGCCAGCUGCGGCCCCUGGCAGAGGAGGAAGAGGAGGAGGGCGCCGGGGCCACGUCGCCCAGGGGGCCUGCCUUCCCUGGCAUGGGCUCUGAAGAGCUGCGUCUGGCCUCCUUCUAUGACUGGCCGCUGACGGCUGGGGUGCCGCCCGAGCUGCUGGCCGCUGCUGGCUUUUUCCACACAGGCCAGCAGGACAAGGUGAGGUGCUUCUUCUGCUAUGGGGGCCUGCAGAGCUGGAAGCGCGGGGACGACCCCUGGACGGAGCAUGCCAAGUGGUUCCCCAGCUGUCAGUUCCUGCUCCGGUCAAAAGGAAGAGACUUUGUCCACAGUGUGCAGGAGACUCAUUCCCAGCUGCUGGGCUCCUGGGACCCGUGGGAAGAACCGGAAGAUGCAGCCCCUGUGGCCCCCUCCGUCCCUGCCCCUGGGGACCCUGAGCUGCCCACGCCGAGAAGAGAGGUCCAGUCUGAAAGUGCCCAGGAGCCAGGAGGAGCCAGUCCAGCCCAGGCCCAGAGCGGGUGGUGGGUUCUUGAGCCCCCAGGAGCCAGGGAUGCGGAGGAGCAGCUGCGACGGCUGCAGGAGGAGAGGACUUGCAAGGUGUGCCUGGACCGUGCCGUGUCCAUCGUCUUUGUGCCAUGCGGCCACCUGGUCUGUGCUGAGUGUGCCCCCAGCCUGCAGCUGUGCCCCAUCUGCAGAGCCCCCAUCCGCAGCCGUGUGCGCACCUUCCUGUCCUAGGCCAGGUACCGUGGUUGGCCAGGUGGGCUGCAGAGUGGGCUCCCUGCCCCUGCCUGCCUGUCCUGGACUGUGUUCUGGGCCUGCUGAGGACGGCAGAGCUGCUGUCCAUCCAGCACCCACGAACCCUGACUCCCUGACCACCGUCCAGGGAGGAGAAGGAAGCCGCUGCUUGGCGUGGGGGAUGCCUUUACUGUACCUGUUUGGAUGCUUCUGAAUAGAAAUAAAGUGGGUUUUCCCUGGAGGUACCCAGCAGCCUG